AUGCAGUCCGAUAACGCCGAAUGGAAUCCGGACGGCGUCGAGGUGACCAUUAUGGACCAGGACGUAUUGGGUUAUGCCCUAAAGGUUUGCGUAGAGGCUCUGGCUGGGCUACCAGCUGUUGUCAAGGGCGGCAGGGUGAUGAAGGCUUUGGGAGCUGCUACGGUGGUGCUCGAUGAGCCUCCGGUCCCGCAUGCAGUGGUUUCUGGACAGAUGAUGGAGGAGGAGGAAGAAUACAUGGAUGAAGAUAGUGAUGAGGAAGAUGAAGAUGAUGAAGAAGUAGAGGAGGAAGACGAAGAGUUUCUGCAAGACAGCCCUCCUCACACUCCAUCCCCGAUACAACGCCUCAGCCCUGAACUCCUUUUCCACAUCUUCUCUCACCUCCCCCUCGCCAGCCUCCCCAACGUAGCUCUCGUCAACAAAAUCUGGUCCGCUGCAGCAAACAAAUAUCUCUGGGACCAUCCCAAAAUUCACUACACUGGCUCCCUAAAGGGCCUUGUAACUUUUUAUGCGAAUUUAUGUGGUGUCGAGGGACGUCAUCGUGUAUCAAAGUUUAGCUUGUUUUGGAGCGCCGAUACAGCAUUCCGGAACUUACAUGGAACAUAUGGGAGGGUUUUAAAAGGCAUUUUUGGAAUGAUGGACGGGUUACAGGCUGUUCAUUUAUCUCAUGGUGCGGUUCCCUUGGAGGCUUUGGAAGUAUUGGGUGAAAAGUGUCCCCAGCUGUCUGUCGUGGAUCUAGUGGACAUGAGGGGGUUGACAGUGGAAGGCAUCAUCGCUCUCACCCAAGCCGGAAAGCUAGAGAGGUUGAAUCUGAGUCAAUCGAGAGUGCUUCCGACAUUUUGGUCGGAAAAUCUGACUGAACUUGCAGAGGCUCUGGCAACUUGCACUCGACUCCGUACGCUGUGCAUCCCUUGGUUGUCUAUCCCAGACCAUUCGCUUCACAUUCUGUUCUCGGCGGUCAUCUUGUUGGAACACUUGGACCUCUCGUCGACACUCAUUACCGACACAACGGUCGCAUCGAUCCUCACCUCCUGUCCAAGACUAGCUACCAUCAUCCUAGAUUCCUGCCCCCAGAUUACCGACGAAACACUCUGCCAUCUCGCCCAAUCGAACGUGAAGAACGCAUCGCUCUCGCGCGCUUCUAUUACGGAUUCUGGCAUCCUCGCAUUUGCCCGUGGACGCGGCGCAGAGGUCGAUAAACUCUGUGUAUGCGGUGCCAAAGACCUUACAGAUUUUUCCAUGCAGAUUUUAGGAAAGCAUUGCACUCAAAUUCGCCUCCUGGAUAUCGCGAAUUGCAGAAACAUUACCCAUCGAGGUCUCCUCUCGUUCAUCGAGCCUGAACACGGCAGGAAGAACAUUUGGAUGCGUCAUUUGAAUUUAACGGGUACCAGUGGAAUGAUCACAAAUGAGACGAUAGCGAGCGUGUUAGGGGCGUGUCCAAAUCUCGUCACCGUGUUGACUCCUAUGCAUGUUCGCGGCAAGGUGGUAAAAGAGAUUGAGAGGAGAUGUGGAGAGGGAGGAGGGAAUCAUGAGAUUUUUUUCCCGCAACAGUGGUUUGGAGUGAUGCAUGGAAACGUCUCUGUUUCUAGGUAGGGAGGGACUGACUCGCCUGUUUCGAUUUGUUGUUCGAGGAUGGAAUGAUUGGGAUGCUUGUGUAUGUUGCGUUCAAAUCACACGAACGCCUUUUUGCCAAACCCUUUGCAAUUCUGUAAAGCGUAUAUAUAGCAAUACAAACCAUGCGCACCGU